AUGACCGCCGACCAAUCAAACCACCCCAUCACUGAAAGAUUAAAUGAUUCUGACGAUGACAGCUGGAGUCUUGUUGAAGAGUUCGGUGACAGUGAUGAUUCUUGUAAUUUUUGCAUUGAAAGUAGAAGUAAGAAGCUGGUUCUUGAAGCCGAGCAUGAUCAGAUCAAAGAAAACAAGUCCUUCUCUCUCGAUAUGGGAGUCUUUUUGAAUGAAGCAGACUCGGAAGGGAGACAUGGAACUUUUCAUGGAAGGAUGUCAAUCAAUGGAGAGUUUUGUUAUGGGACCAUGGUUUACCAUAGAGGGACCAAACCAAUUCGAAUGUUCCAAGGAAACUGGAGAAGCGACCACACCUUUCAAACCGGCUUGCUUGUGUACAGUAACGACAAUGUCUAUUCCGGUGAGUUCGACAAAGAAAAUAGACCACAUGGGCACGGGAGAUAUAUCGAAAAAUCAGGUCGUUACGAGUAUGACGGCGAAUGGGAGCAUCACCUUCAGCAUGGGCAAGGCUGCGAGAUCAUACUGAACCUUACAACUGACAAAAAAGAGGCGUACCGAGGCGAAUUUAAAGAUGGCCUACGCCACGGAGCAGGCGAAUGCACAUUCGCUGAUGGCACAAAAUACAGCGGUGGUUGGUAUCAUGGUCGUCGUUGCGGGAAUGGGACUCUAUUUGACUCCUUUGGGAGUAUCUUACGAACAGGCAAAUGGGAAAGCGACAAAAUACCUGAAGAGGAGAUAGCCGCAAGUGACUAUCUCAAAGGAAAAUUGGAAACAUCCGACAAUAGAGUGUGUGAUGCUGACAGUCUGAACGUCAUGGCGCCAAUGGAAGAAUGCGAUCCCUUCAACAAUGUACGAGAGUUGAUUCAUUGUGCCGAUGAGGACAUCGACCAUUUUUUCCCCUAUGUGUACAAAUGA